AUGACGAGCGGAGUCUGCUACAGACCGCCAGUGACAGCCCCAGUGGCCAUCCUGGACGAUAUGCGUCGAUGGACUGGUGACGGUCACUGUUUAAUUCUGGGUGAUUUCAAUGUACCCCUAAUCGAUUGGAACGAAAAUCGAUUCCCUCCGGGAGCGGACCGACUCUCCAGAGGCCCCCUCGCAGUUGUGAACCAGUUGACCCUGCAUCAGCACUCCCACGAGCCCACUAGGAUCCACGAUUCUGCCCAGGCAGUCCUAGAUCUGGUGUUAUUCUCUCGAACAUUGGACGUCGACGUCAUCGACCACCUCCUGCCACUCGGUUCGAGCGAUCAUUCGACGCCGUUGGUGCAUUGA